CCGGCGGGGCGGCUCCGGGGGCGGCGGGGAUGGAGAGGGGGCCCCGCUCCGCCCGGCCCCGGAGGCGGAGCCAGCGCCCGGCGCGGCGGGACCGGAGCCACAUCCCGCAAAGGAGGAGCGGGGCCGGGCACGGGCAGGGCGGCGGGGCCGGAGCCGAGCCCGGAGCUCCCGCAGCGGGGCCGGAGCCGAGCCCGGAGCCGGAGCUCCCGCAGCGGGGCCGCCCCGCACCGCGCCGCGCCAUGUGGUGGGACGAGCGGGUGUCGGCGCGGUUCCGGAGGAACCUGCAGCCCACCCUCACCUACUGGAGCGUCUUCUUCAGCUUCGGCCUCUGCAUCGCCUUCCUGGGGCCCACGCUGCUGGACCUGCGCUGCCAGACCCAGAGCUCGCUCUCGCAGAUCACCUGGGUCUUCUUCUCGCAGCAGUUCUGCCUCCUGCUCGGCAGCUGCCUCGGAGGGGUCUUCAAGAGGACGCUGGCCCAGUCCCUGCUGGCCCUGUUUGCCUCCUCCCUGGCCAUUUCCCUGGUGUUUGCCAUCAUCCCCCUGUGCCACAACGUGGUGCUGCUGGCCGUGGUCAUGGCCGUGGCCGGGCUGGCCAUGGGCUGCAUCGACACCAUCUCCAACAUGCAGCUGGUCAGGAUCUACCAGAAGGACUCUGCCAUCUUCCUGCAGGCCCUGCACUUCUUCGUGGGGUUUGGGGCUCUGCUGAGCCCCCUGAUCGCCGACCCCUUCCUGUCAGACACCAACUGCAUCCUGGCCAACGGCAGCAGCGCCUCCAGCAACCUCCCGCACCUGCGCAAGUCGCUGCUGCCGCAGCGCCCCGGGAACCUGUCCCACCUGGAGCUGCCCACCAGGGGCCUGGUGGUGACACGGGUGUCCUACGCCUUCUGGAUCAUGGCCCUCAUCAAUCUGCCCGUGCCCAUUGCUGUGUUCUUCCUGCUCUACAAGGAGCGGAUGGUGCCCUGCCUCAACGGCAGCAGCCACCCGCUGCUGCCAGCCGACGAGCUGGCCCUGGAGACACGGCCUGGGGACAAGGACGAGCUCUCCACCGCUGCCCAGAGACCCCACACGGCUGCAGGUCAUGAGGAUUUGUUCAGCUGCUGCCAAAGCAAAAACUUCCAGGGGGCUUCCUUCACCUAUUUUGCUGUGCACAUCACCGGGGCUCUGGUUCUCUUCAUGACUGACGGCAUCGUGGGGGAGUACUCAGGCUUCGUGUACAGCUACGCCGUGGAGGAGCCGCUGGCCGUGGUGCACAAGGUGGCCGGGUACCUGCCCAGCCUUUUCUGGGGCUUCAUCACCCUGGGCAGGCUCAUCUCCAUCCCUGUGUCCUACAGGAUGAAGCCAGCCACCAUGGUCUUCAUCAACGUGGUUGGGGUCCUCAUCACCUUCCUGCUGCUCCUGAUUUUCUCCUCCAGCGUGAUUUUCCUGUUUGUGGGCACAGCAUCCCUGGGGCUGUUCCUCAGCAGCACCUUCCCCAGCAUGCUGGCCUACACUGAGGACAUCCUGCAGUACAAAGGCUGUGCCACCACCGUGCUGGUGACUGGAGCUGGCAUUGGAGAGAUGGUGCUGCAGCUGCUGGUGGGCUCGAUUAUCCAUGAUCGGGGCAGCUACAGUUUCCUGGUGUGUGGGAUGAUCUUUGGAUGCCUGGCCUUUACCUUCUACGCCCUGCUGGUGUUUUUCCACAGGAUGUACCCCCAGCCCUCCCCAGAGCUGGACGAGGCCUCCCCGGGCAGGGCAGCAGAGCCCGAGGACACGGGGCAGUACCAGCGCUGAGGGAGGCCCGGCCCACAGCAAGAAAGAAAUAAAGAAAUAAAGAAAUAAAACAAACCCAGCCCAGUCAAACACCGCCCCCAAGGCUGAGCUCACUUUCAUGAACUGCACCCGGCCAGUUCUCGGCAAUCAAAGCACAGGAGGUGGCAAAGGCAGAAGGAGGAAAUCCAGCCCUGAGCGUCGAGCUGAGCACGGGAUGUGCCAAAAACAAAAAAAAAAAAAAAAAGAAAAAAGAUAACAAAAAGCCUGGGAGUGCCAGCCUGGGACUGAAAGCAGGGAUGUUUGCACAGCAAUUCCUCCUGAAAAUGAACUUUUAUUUUUUACCUGCUCAGGACAGAGGGUGGGCAGGAAAAGCUGCUCUCUGCCCCUGAGUGUCUCCUGCGGAGGGAUCGGGUUGAUUUCUGGCCUGGGUGCACAGGAAUCCACAGCACAAUCCUGGGUUUGAAUUCACUUCUGUGACUGGGGUCAGAGUCCCCUGCCCUGGGGCAGCUCAGAGCCCCCAGUUUGCAGACACAGGUCCUGCCCCAUCACUCCCAACAGUGUCUUACUCAGCAUGCUCAGGCCUCUUCAAUGAUUUUAAAUUAUCAUUUGCUUUUGUUUUUUGCUUUUUUUUUUUUUUUUGUUGGAGAGGGUGGUUCUCUUUGUUUCUGUUUAAGUUAAGAAUGAGCUGUGCUGGUUUGUUUUGCUUUAAAUCACUCCUCGAGCUGCUCCACUGUUUGUUUGUUUUAAGGUCGGUUUUAUUUCCAAGUGAAGCUCUAAAAGAGAAGGAAUUUUUUUUUUUUUUUCUUUUUUUGGGAGCCAGGCUCCAGCUGCUUCACCUGUGCAAUCUCCUCAUGCAGUGCCUUGUGUAAGGUACUGGCCCAGCCUCCAGGACAGGAGUGGGAUUUGGAGGGAUGUCUGAAUUCCUCCUGCCAGGAGUGGCUGUGGAUGUAACUCCUUGCUUGAACUGCUGUCUGUGAUGUACAUAUGUAGGUGUGUAUAUAGAGCAGUGUUUAAUUAAAGGUGAUUGAUUGCUAA